AUGGACUCAAAAAGUCGCGUUGGCGUUAGCGGUGCUCCCAAACGGGUGGAGAAGGCGAAAAUCGCUUUGAUACAGUUUCAGCUGUCACCUCCUAAAACAGACAUGGAAAACCAAGUGGUGAUCACUGACUAUACUCAGAUGGAUCGAGCGCUUCGAGAGGAACGCGACUAUCUCCUGAACAUAUGCAAGCAGAUCAAGAAAGCCGGCUGCAAUGUUCUGUUGAUCCAAAAGUCAAUCCUGAGGUAACG